AGGGGCGAAGCAGACGGCCAGCGCUCAGUAGGCGAGAUGGCGGCGCCAGCGACGAGUGUGGUGGUGUUGGACCGCGGCAACAACACCACAUGCACGGUCAAUCUGCACGGGGCGACGGUGGUGUCAUGGCGAGUGAACAACCAGGAGCAGCUUUUUGUGAGCAAGCAAGCAAUAUUUGACGGAAAGCGAGCAAUUCGAGGAGGAAUUCCUAUUGUUUUUCCCCAAUUCGGUGCCUGGAGCACGGGCCCACAACAUGGCUUUGCUCGCAUCUGCCGCUGGGAGUUGAAGAAGCCACCAGAGCGCUUACCUACCGGAGAUGUGGAGGCAAUGUUCCAGCUGCUGGACAAUGAGUUUACCCGCUCCAUGUGGAACUACCCGUUUAGUCUAACGUAUCGCCUCAUCCUGCGAGAGAAGGAGCUCCACUUCAACAUCUCAGUGUACAAUCCUGGUGCAGAGACUCUUUCCUUCACCUUCCUGCUACACACCUACUUCAAGGUUCCCGACGUGCGGCGCUGUCAGAUCACUGGCAUGAGAGGCUGUACCUACAUUGAUAAGGCUCGGGAGGGGGCCAUGUACCAGGAACACAGGGAUGUGGUCACCGUUAAUGAGUGGACUGAUCGCAUCUACCAGAACACUCCCCUUGAGCACAUCAUCACCAAUGUAGUUAGUGGACGUAAGAUGAGGAUGCAGAAGUAUAACCUUGUGGACACCGUUGUGUGGAACCCGUGGGUGGAAAAAGCGAAGGAAAUCCCUGACUUUGGGGAGGAGGAAUUCCCCAAUCUGGUGUGUGUGGAGGCUGGCCACGUGUCCUCACCGGUGAUCCUGCCGCCUGGCACAGUGUUUGAGGCAAGCCAGAUCCUGCAAGUAAUGUAGAGGGUCUGGGCCACCUCCCUCAGUGUAGGCCUCCGCACGUAGGCACGUAGAGCCUCACCUAUUGAUAUGUCCUUAAGGAGCAUUUGUUCAGCACAUCUUUAGCCAUCACACUGACCAUAUUCAUGAUUCAGAUUACCUAAAUGGAGCUUGUUGUGGGAUGGGAGUGGGAGUACAUACUAACUGAAUUCUAAGGAGAUACUUUGUUGCAGCUCACUUUAGUCUCUUGGCCCAGAAGUCCCAGAGGCUUGGUGGAGUUGAUUUUAAUACAUUUCAUGUGCUUAGAACCUUAUGUAAAGUUGGCAUAUUACUUUCCAUUAUGCAGAUAGUUGUUUUUAUUUUAUUUAUUAUGUUUUUGCUGCAAAGUGGUAUACGUCCAAAGGUUGCUUUGUUGUUUUUAUGCAAGCACGGCAGCUGUUUGCCAGUGUGUAAUAUUCUUAGUGAUGUUGUUAGCUCAAGCAUAUGGUACAGUAAACAUAUUGAGACUCAAAACUUAAUGAUGCAUGGUCCAAUGUAAUGUAAUGUAAUGUGCUCUGUGGCAGUGGUGAGGGGCCUCAGUAAAAUGACUUUAUUGCCCCCUACCUUACCCCAUUUCCCAAACAGGUUAUUGAAGAAACUAUUAAUGGUGCUAUGGGUGUUGUGUUUGGUCUUUCCCAGUGAAUGAGUUUUGUCGUUUUAAUGUUUAUUCACCAACCCAUUCUUGAUAUAAAAAAAAACCUGAUCCUCACACAUUGAUUUGGUUCUGUAAAGCUAAUAACUUAUACCUGUCCAUUGAAGAUAUAACUUGAAUCCAUUCAGAUAACCUUUUAAGUGUUUGAUCUCAAGAGUAGCAUUAAGACAUAGAGAAAACCAAGCAGGACUGAGAAUACCUAGAGAAGCUUCACCAACACUUGGCUGGGAAGACCAUGGCAUUUAUCUUGGUUGUGUGGAUACUUGAUCCCAGUUACAAAAAAACCAAAGUUACAAGAAUCAUUAUGAAGACAGGGUGACUAUUUCUUAAUUAAGGAUAUUUGUAUUUGAUAGGUUGUUUAUUGUAGUGGACUUGCUACUAACCUAGUUAUUGGUACUUGUAGUUAAAAAGUUGCUUUGUGCAGUCUGUGAUGGUGCAUAAUUACUGAGUGCUAAAAGGGUUGCUAACUGUUGUGGAGUAGAGGAUGAGUUGUAGUUGAGUUUUGAGCUUUCUAAUAUUGUUAAUGACCCAAGCUUGGGCAGCAUGUGGCUUUCACACUCCAGUUUUAGGAGAUUUGUUAGAAACGACUAUUUUUAGCGUUUACUAUUUUUAAAGUUUUAUAAAAACCAUUGCCAUUGAGUAGGACGUCAUUAUUUUUGUUGGUAAUGGUGGUACUGUGGUCUUCAAGGGUAGGAUAGCUUUAUAGUUGGUGAGGAGACAUCUUUGUGAGACGUCCUUAGUAGGAUGAAUUCAGUAGGAAGGCAGUACAGUACAUAGACCAUCCUGAAGUCUGUAAGUAGUGCAGAUUCUGUCCAUAUGUACAACAAAGCUGUUUUUCAUUCCCAUCAUGUUACCGGUUUAGUUUCUUCAGGAUGCAGUACAACAAAUGUUCAUUUCAUCAUCACGACUCCGAGAAAAAUCAUCUAAUUAAGAGCAAUAAAUGCAUACGAGUAAAAGCUCUUACCAAAACAUAGUCGAGACACUGAGAUAAUUUAUUACUGGUUGUUGCACACGUUGGCAGUGACUUCAGCUGAUGCCUUUCAGUGACCAGUCUUCAAAUGUUUGGCUUGCUUCUUGCACUUCUGUCUUCUGAAAGGUCUGCAUAAUAAGGUCGAUAUUACCUCUGCAAAUAAGUUAUAAUAGAUCACUACUCAGAAUGUUAACUAACCAGCAGGACAACCAACAAGGAGCAACAUUAUUAACAACACCCACCCUUAGAAACAUGUCUUAUUUUGUUGUUUGUCACACAAAUUAAACUCAUAUAAACAAGAAUAAUGUUUGAGAAAAUUGCUAUUAUAAUGUGCGUACCUGUAAGGGAAUAAAACAAUCAGAGUGGCCAGUAGUGUUGAGGAGUGGAUGGUAAUAAUGUUGGUCUGUGGUGAAGGUCAUCACUGGUCUGAACUUUCACCUGACUGGUUCGUUCAUUGCCUGGUGUGACUGAGGUGUCCAGUCAUGACAUACAUGGUGUAGCACAUGUUGUGGCCAAGAAAGUUACACUUAAGGAUUAUUUCCAGGUUGUUCAGUCUUAUCGUUUCAUCAGUAAGGCACUGCAUUCCAAAUUUGCAUUUUUCUCUUUUGAGAUUCUUUCAGUUAGAUAUAUUUUUAAGCCACUUUUAUAGUUUAUAGUCAGAGUAAUAAAUUAAUAUUUCAUAAUUUUUAUAUGAUCAUAUAUGAUGUAUGAUGCUGAAUUACUUACUGUUUAAUUUUAUGUUUCUAUAGUUAAAAAAUCAAUUUAAAAUGUAGUUCA